CUCACACUCAUUCUCACUGAGAGGACAAAUGGCGCAAGCAGGAGUUCAGAUGGACCGAGAAAGAUUCUCUUGUUCCAUCUGUUUGGAUCUACUGAAGGAUCCAGUGACUACAGCCUGUGGACACAGCUACUGUAUGAACUGUAUUAAAGACUUUUGGGAUGGAGAGAACCAGAAAGGAACCUACAGCUGCCCUCAAUGUAGAGAGACCUUCAGUCAGAGGCCUGUCUUGAAGAAAAACACCCUGUUAGCAGAGUUAGUGGAGGACCUGAAGAAAAGCAGACUCCAAGAUUCUCCAGCUGACCAUUGCUAUGCUGGACCUGGAGAUGUGGCCUGUGAUUUCUGCACUGGGAGGAAGAUGAAAGCUACAAAGUCCUGUCUGGUUUGUCUGGUUUCUUACUGUGAGAAUCAUCUCCAACCUCACUACGAUGUUCCUGUUUUAAAGAAACACAAUCUGGUGGAUCCGUCUGAGAAUCUUCAGCAGAACAUCUGCUCUCGUCAUCAUGAGGUGAUGAAGAUCUUCUGUCGUACUGAUCAGCAGUGUAUCUGUUAUCUCUGCACUAUGGAGGAACAUAAAGGCCAUGAAACAGUCCCAGCUGCAGCAGAAAGAGCUGAGAAGCAGAAGAAGCUUCAGGUGAGUCGACAAGAAAUUCAGCAGACAAUCCAGGACAGAGACAAAGAUGUGAAGCUGCUUCAACAGGAGUUGAAGGCCAUCAAUGUAUCUGCUGAUAAAACAGUGGAGGACACUGAGAAGAUCUUUACUGAGCUGAUCCGUCUCCUCCAGAAAAGAAGCUCUGAAGUGAAGCAGCAGAUCAGAUCCCAGCAGGAAACUGAAGUGAGUCGAGUCAAAGAUCUUCAGGAGAAGCUGGAGAAGGAGAUCAGUGAGCUGAAGAGGAAAGACGCUGAGCUGGAGCAGCUCUCACACACAGAGGAUCACAACCAGUUUCUCCUCAACUACCCCUCACUGCCAGAACUCAGUAGGUCUAACAUCAAUGUCCGUCCUCUGAGACACUUUGAGGACGUGACAGCAGCUGUAUCAGAGCUCAGAGAGAAACUACAGGACGUCCAGAGAAACACGUGGAUAAACAUUUCACUGCCGAUCUAUCAGGUGGAUGUUCUACUGUCAGAACCAAAACCAAAGACCAGAAAUGACUUUUUAAAAUAUUUUUAAAAAAUCACUCUGGAUUCAAAGACAGCACACAGUUAUCUGUUUUUAUCUGACGGGAAAAGAAAAGCAACUUUAAUGGAAAGUGAACAGUUUUAUUUUGAUCAUUCAAGAUUUGCCAGUGAUCAGCAGGUCCUCAGUAAACAGCGUCUGACUGGACGUUGUUACUGGGAGGUGGAGUGGGAAGGACAAGUUGAUUUAGCAGUUUCAUACAAGAACAUCAGCAGAUCAG